GGUCUCUCAGCGCACCGUCCAACUCCGCCCCAAGUUCUCGCCAAACUUUGACUGAACUUUCUCCCGCGGAGCCCGUGCGUCACUCUCCCAUAACCUGGUUAGGACAGAGCACGGGACCGCGCCACUGCUCUUGAAACACGAACAAUGGGUUGGCAGCAGCAACUAUGGCUCGCCUGUGCGAGUUUUCUCGGGUUCGUGUCGUUGGCGCACAGCAUUACGCGCGGGGAGUUUUUCCCCUUCGGUCCAAGCGCAAGGGACGAGUUACUGGAUGCGGGGAACGACCAGACGCACCGACUUGAACUGGACAAGCCAGUGUUUUUUUAUGAUGGUACUUUCAACAGCAUCUUCAUAAACACCAAUGGUUUCGUUGCCACAGCAGAGCCAACAAGCGAGUCCACAUAUCUUGGCAAUAUGCCCCCCAAAUUUGGCAUGAUUGCAGCUCUGCAAGGAGACCUGGACACAAGUGAUGGUGUGGGGAAAGUUUUCUUCCGUCAAGACUCCAGCCCUGACGUUCUAAGUCGGGCGGCCCAGUACAUCCACGGGGCCUUCCCCGAGGACGGCAAAGUCGAUCCCACCAACGCUGUGGUGGUCACCUGGGUUAAUGUGGGCGCCCACAAACCUCCAAGAAGAGGAGAUGACGCUGACCAAAAGAGAAACACUUUCCAACUGGUCAUCGUGUCCCUCGACUCUGCAUCGUUCGCUGUUGUCCUGUACGCAAGGGACGGCAUGCAGUUUUCAUCCACUCCCGUACAAGCCAGCGCUAAGGUCAUGCACGCUGGCUUCAGUCAGGGUUUGGUCCAGGGUUUUCUGUUUUCAAGUCAGGGACCAUACUACCGCACCACCACUGAUGACGAGGCAUCCAUCAGGGCUUUGGCAGAAGAGACCAACUCUGGCCUGCGGGGUUUAUGGGUGUACGAGAUUGGAACUUCUCCCUAUUUCACCACCGUGGCUCCAGGUGAGGUCACCGACCUGCUCCCCGAGGCAUCAACAGAGGGGCCCAAUGGUGGGAAUGAGGAGGACACUGAUGCAAGAAGGACUGUGUAUAGCAACGGACAGAGUGUGCAGGACCCUCCUUACGAGGAGGCGCAGGUCAACGUCCUGCCAAUUCAGCACGAGCCACAUCGGCCUAACGGCCGAGAAGUCUUGGUGGUGGACGACACUGAUAUAAAUGUAGAUGUGUUUUCAUACAAUCUAGGUACAUGCGCAAACAGUAGGAAUAAGUGCUCCCAGUUUGCUGACUGCAAGGACCACUCCAGCGGAUACUGCUGCAACUGCCGACCUGGCUUCUACGGCAAUGGGAUACAGUGUGUUGCAGAGGGAAAGCCACAGCGGAUGAACGGCAAGGUGUAUGGAAAAGUGUAUGUGGGCGACUCUGCCUCUCCAGUGGAGUUCAGCAGCAACGACCUCCACUCAUACGUCGUGGUAAACGACGGCCGUUCCUACGUGGCCAUCAGUGACAUCUCUAACAACGUCGGACCCUCGCUGCUGCCGCUGUCCGCCCUCGGUGGUGGGAUCGGGUGGGCGUUUGCUUUGGAGCAGCCUGGCUUCAGGAAUGGCUUCAGUAUUAUUGGGGGGGAGUUCACACGGCAGGCUGAAGUGACCUUCCUGCCAGGCAAUGAGAAGCUGACCAUCAGGCAGGAGUUCAAAGGCAUCGAUGAACACGACCACCUGGUGGUGAGCACCUCCCUGGAAGGCCGGAUCCCCGAGGUGCCCCGUGGCUCCAACGUGAAGAUCGGCCCUUAUUCCGAGGUCUACCAGUACAGCAACAACUUGAUCACUUCAUCCUCCACUCGGGACUACGAAGUGGGAUUGCCCGAUGGCUCCACUGACACCAGGACGUACCAGUGGCGUCAGACCAUUACCUUCCAGAGCUGCCAGUAUGGCGAGUCUUUGAGAGACGUGAAACCAGCUCAGAUGCUCAGCGUGGACCAAGUCUUUGUCCUGUACAAUGAAAAUAAUGAGCUCAUCCGGUUUGCCAUGAGCAACAAAAUCGGAGACAUCAAUGGCGGGCAGCCAGAGGAGAACCCGUGUUUCACUGGAAGACACGGCUGUGACACCAACGCUGUGUGCCGACCUGGAGAGGGAAAUGAGUUCACCUGCCAGUGUUCUAUCGGCUUCAAUGGUGAUGGCCGCACAUGUUAUGACAAUGACGAGUGCAGAGAGAAUCCUCAGAUCUGUGGCUCCCGCGCCAUCUGCAACAACCAGCCCGGGACCUUCCGCUGUGAAUGUGAAGACGGUUAUCAGUUUGCCGACGAUGGCCAGACCUGCAUGGAGCUCAAUCGCCCCGUGGACGCCUGUGAGGACGGCACCCACAACUGUGACGUUCCUGAGCGCGCUCAGUGCAGCUACACCGGGGGCUCGUCAUACAUCUGCUCCUGCAUGCCAGGGUUCGUAGGAGAUGGAAGAAUCUGCCAAGACAUCGACGAGUGUCAGCCUGGCAGGUGUCAUCAGCACGCUGUGUGUUAUAACACCGCGGGAUCGUUUACCUGCCAGUGCGGGACGGGUUACUAUGGCGACGGCUUCUCCUGCUCUCCAGAGAGAACACAAACACGAUGCGAGUCCCACCGAGACAGUCUGCAGGGUGCGUUUGGUCCGCGGGGCCCCCGCCCCGCCGUCGGACAGUACGUCCCCACAUGUGACGAGAGCGGUGCCUAUGAGCCCCUGCAGUGCCACAGCAGCGCGGGACAGUGCUGGUGCGUGGACCGAAACGGGCAAGAGAUCCCUGGGACGCGCGCCGGGCCCGACAGCCGGCCACUGUGUAUUGAGCAUGGCGGUGGGCCUCCACCCGUCGGACCCACCACUCGCCCUGACGUGCACCCUGUGCCCGAAGGGACACACCUGCUGUUCGCCCAGAGCGGCAGGAUAGAGCACAUCCCACUGGAGGGUCACGAUAUGAAGGAGGACAAUGCCAAGGCCGUCCUCCAUCUCCCUGAGAAGGUAAUCAUCGGAGUGGCCUACGACUGCGUGGAGAAAAUGGUCUACUGGACUGAAAUCACAUCUCCCUCCAUCAGCAAGGCCAGCAUGCAGGGGGGAGAGCCCACCGCAGUCAUUCGAUCGGAUCUGGGCAGCCCGGAGGGAAUCGCCAUCGACCACUUGGGACGGACUAUGUUCUGGACGGACUCUGUGAGGGAUCACAUCGAGGUGGCCUCGUUGGACGGGUCUCAGCGUCGGGUCAUCGUAGACUCUGAUCUCGUCAACCCGCGCGCUAUUAUCACCGACCCUCCAAACGGUAAUCUUUACUGGGCCGAUUGGAACCGCCAAGCCCCCAAGAUUGAGACCUCCUACAUGGACGGAUCCAACAGGAGGGUGCUGGUUAAAGACGAUCUGGGCUUGCCGAAUGGCUUGACUUAUGACUCUCAGAGCUCCCUGCUCUGCUGGGCGGACGCAGGCACGCACAAGCUGGAGUGCACCCAUCCGGGCCGCGGCGACCGCAGGGCGGUCAUGGAGGGGCUUCAGUACCCUUUUGGAAUCACGUCUUUUGGGAGGAACAUCUACUACACUGACUGGCAGAGGUAUGCUGUGAUUGCAGUGGACCGCCAUUCCGGCAAGGAGUCAGACGAGUUCCAGCCUCAGAAACGGACCAAGAUAUACGGGAUCGCCACAGCCUACGCCCAGUGCCCGUCGGGCCAAAACUACUGUGCUGUGAACAACGGGGGCUGCACUCACCUCUGUUUAGCGACUCCUAACGGGCGCUCCUGCAAAUGUCCCGGCAGCGCGGUGGGGGCGGGCUGCGUGGAGAGAGACAGCGGAUACUGAACGGAGACGGCUGUGCCAUGAGCGUUGACACUGUUUGGAUGUUUGACCGCAAAUUAGGAGCCACUCAGCAUUACGAAACGAUAGCUGCUGAAAAUGCCACUGAAAACCAGAGGUGAACUUCCUGUGCCUUUCAUUGCUCAGUGUAAUGCUUAUCUGUACCCCCCCCCCCCCUUUCCCUUUAUGAAAUCACAAUUACGGAACAUUGAGAAUUGUAAAUAAAAACACUAUUAUGUUGUCUUUUCCUAAGUGCACAUAGACUCAAGGGAUAGGGGAUACAUCAUUUAAUGUGAAAUGUAUCACAGCGAUGCGUGGCGUCAUCUCGUGUCAGUUGUACACUGUGGCAUGUUUGGAUUAGUUUGUCUCAUUGGAGUAUUAUUGUGGAAUAGGACGAGUGUCUGUGCAAGCUGGUUGGAGGAGUUUGAAUGCUUGGCAGCAAAAGAAUAAACAUUUUUCUAACAA